AUGGCGGACAGGGCUGAGAUGUUUUCCCUAUCCACUUUCCAUUCCCUCUCUCCUCCCGGCUGCAGGCCAGCCCACGACAUCAGUCUUGAGGAGUUUGAUGAUGAAGAUCUCUCUGAAAUAACAGAUGACUGUGGGAUUGGACUCAACUAUGACUCUGAUCCAUAUGAGAAGGAUUCUCUCAUUCUGGAGAAGAAUGACAUGCACCACCCAGUCUGCUCCUUCCAGGAUGACUUCCAAGAGUUUGAGAUGAUUGACGACGAAGAUGAGGAUGAUGAGGAGGAAGAGGAAGAGGAUGAAGAGGUUGACCCCGAUGCGCCCCCAUCCCCCUCUACCACCCCUCCUCUCUCCCCAACUCUUGGUACUCUAAAGAGCAGACCCACCACUCUGAACCUCACUACUGCUGUGUCGCAGGAUUCUCUGAAUAACAACAGCAGUCUGUCCCCAAAGAAGGGAACCUGGCAGGACUCCUUACGCAACCCUGUCUCACAGGGCCAUCUGUCUCCAACCCACUUGUGUCUGGAGGAUAGCAGCCAUGUGACAGGCCAGUGCCCAGGCUCUCCAGUUUCCCAAGCACCAGGGUCUCAGAGCAAAGGUACUCCAACAAAACAGGCAGGGGAGGGUGGGAACCCCCAAUCCCCUCACAGGCCCCUCCUCUGCGACAUGGAGGGCAACAGGCGGGAAAGGCCCGAAUACGGCUCAUUUGGUCAACAUAAGUCCCACCCAUGCUCUGGUGAUGUCACUGAGCCAAAAGCUGACCCUUCAAUCCAGACAACCAGAGUGCCCUCUGUAGAUGAGCACUCUCAGUGCUCGGACACAGAGGUUGACCAUGACCUCAACAGUGACCACAAUCACAAACAUUCAAACCGGCGUGCCACUGACACCUACACAAUCACCAGCGAGUCAGGUAUGGAGCCAGAGAAUGACCCAGACCCAGACGGAACCAGUCGCUGCUUGUCAUCAACUGCACCCAUGGGAGCCAAUGAUGGUGCCGACACACCCUUGUCUGAUGAGGAGCUGGAUAAGGACUUUGAAGUGGAGUUUAUGUGUAAGGAGACCUACGAUAUGGUGUGUAAGGAGAAUCAGUCAUCAUAUGUUGAAUUCCCCUCCAUUGAACCCUCUGAGCUCGCCUCCUUCUCCAGCUAUGUGUCCUCCAGCCGCUCAGAUGCUCUCGACCAGUCCAACAGUUCAGAUGCUCCAGCAACUUCUGCCAGGGAGGUAGUAGUUAACGACUCCACCUCUCCAUCCUCAGAUCCAGGGAUAGCAGAUAUGAACCAGCGGGGUUACAUAACUUCAGACCAGGACAAGGAUCUCAGCUCUCCAGGCUCUGACUCUGACAUUGAAGGGGAGCUGGAGGCAGCGUUUGCCUGUGGAGGUCCUGUAGUUUCCAACAUGAUCUCUUCUAUCUCAGAGACAGAGCUGGACCUUACCAGUGACGACAGUAGCAGUGGACGCUCAUCUCAUCUCACCAACUCCAUUGAGGAGGCCAGCUCGCCUACAUCGGACCAGGAACUGGACCCAGAUACAGAGUUAGAGCAGGACAGUGGUAUCGUUGGACUGAAAACGUCUUUACUUCUGGGCAAGCCUGAUCCAAUAAAAGAAGGGUCUCCUCUGCCAUCUCCUUCCCCUGUACCCUCACCCACUAUUGCUACGCCAUCCCCUGUUGACUCACCCAUCUUACCCCCUGAGCCUUAUGAUGAUGGUCAAGCUUUGAUGGGGCUGCAGAAUGUGGAUGAUGAGCAGUCCUGCGAGCACCAGGCUGACCCAGAUGAGACUCUGCCGCCAGCCCAAUGCUGUGAGGACAGUCUGUCCAGACAGAUGGUGCUCCAGAUAGAACCAGACCACAGCCUAGAGAGCUUCAAACGUUCCUUCUACCUGCCAGUGGGACCCAGGCUAAUGCCUAGUGCAGAUGAAUACGAUGGAACAAGUGAGGGAGACUCAGAAUCAGAAAGUGAAGACGAACUGAGUGAGAAUUCAGACUCACCCUGGCUGCUCAGCAAUUUGGUCAACAGGAUGAUCUCAGAGGGCUCGUACCCAAUAAGCUGUCCUGAGGAGUGUUUCAAGAGGAAGGUGUCUGUGUCAGACACAAUCUCACCAUCCUCAGACAUUGGAGAGGGAGAUGGUUUCAAUGAUGAGGACAGAGAAAAUAAAGCAGGGAUGGAGGGAUCAGAGGAAAUAGAGAAGGAAAGGAGUGCGGAGUCUUUAAAAGAAGGAGCAGUGAUAAGUCCCUGUCUCUAUAUGAACAACCCUACUGGUGACACCAUAACUCCUCUGAUUUUAGAGCGCGUUGCAAACAACGGGAGGGGAACCACGGAUUUCAACUCUUUGUAUGCCACUAAAGACUCUGAGAAGAACUCCACAGACAAACCACUGAAGAAUGGCAGGAGACAGGAAGAAGAUGAAGAGCCCAAUAAUGACUUGAUGAUGCUGGAGGGGAGGAAGGAUCUGGACUCACCAAGCCUCAGUGAGAGUGUGGUCAGCGACAAGGAUGAAGGUCGAGAGACAGAGCCCAGGCCAACAAGCAAUUCCUCAGCUUCUCUUGAGCGUAUCACCGACGCCAAACACAGCCUGACACUGGACAUCCCCACUGCCCAGACCAACCGCUGUUUCAGCCUUACGUACUCCACAGACAAUGACGAUGAGGAGGACGAUGGGGACUCUUAUCCAUUCCUGGGUGGCUUGAGGAAGCAGUCCUACAGGGGUAGUGACUUGGAGCUUGACAGUUCACCACCCAUUGAUGCUAGUGUGCAAGACCAUCCCUCAUCUGACCAUGACCUCCCACUGUGUGAGAAAGAUCUGGCUCUGAGACAACCGAGCGAAGAUGAUGGACUGGCAUAUGACUCCAUGAAGUACACACUAGUGGUGGAUGAAAAUACUACACUGGAACUAGUCAGCCUCAGAAGGUGCACCUCUGUUCUGAGUGAUGACAGUGAGCUUUCCACGCUAUGUGAGGAGGAGCCCUUGGGAACGGCUGAGGUGGGCUACAGUCGAGAGGAUGAGGAGGUGAGGCCAGAACUUCUAAGUUCUUCUGAGGACUCCUCCCCCGAGGCUGACCUGCCAUUCUCCAAGAAGUUCCUCAACGUGUUCGUCAACAGCACCUCCCGCUCUUCCAGCACAGAAUCCUUUGGACUUUUCUCCUGUACCAUCAAUGGAGAGGAGAGGGACCAGACACACAGGGCAGUCUACAGGUUCAUUCCCAGACAUGCAGAUGAGCUGGAGCUGGAUGUGGAUGAUCCUCUAUAUGUGGAGGAAGAAGAGGAUGACUACUGGUACAGAGGCUAUAACAUGCGGACAGGGGAGAGGGGCAUCUUCCCUGCCUUUUAUGCCCAUGAGGUCAUAGGCCAGUCUAAGGAGUUGUUGGGAAUGAAAAGAAAUCCAGCAUGGAUUGAGACUUUCAGUGUUCAGUUUUUGGGGUCUGUUGAGGUACCUUAUCACCAAGGCAAUGGUAUUCUCUGUGCUGCCAUGCAGAAGAUUGCGAUAUCGAGGAAACGGACGGUACAUGUGCGACCUCCUUCUCUGUGUGAGUUGGAGAUUAGCUUGCAAGGAGUGAAACUGAUAAUGAGCCUGGAGGAUGAAUAUGACACCCUCGAUGAGUAUGACAGAUGUAGUCACUUCUUCCAGAUGAAGAACAUCUCAUUCUGUGGUUGCCAUCCGAGGAACAACUGCUACUUUGGCUUCAUCACUAAGCACCCCACACUGAACCGAUUUGCUUGCCACGUGUUUGUUUCCCAGGAGUCCAUGCGACCUGUAGCAGAGUGUGUUGGACGAGCCUUCCAAGAGUACUACCAGGAACAUCUGGAGUACGCCUGCCCCACCGAGGACAUCUACCUAGAGUAAGAAGUGUUGCCAUGAUGACCACCUUCUCCC